AUGCGACGGGAGUUUAUUGUUCUUGGGACCCGCAUCCUGACCCAGCACCUGUCUGUGUUUAAGCCCUUCAAACAUGUUGUCGUUCACCACAUGCCACAUCAAUAUUCUGAAGACAUGUCUAAGUGCUCCACAGAUUAUCCUCUUGGACUGCUGUUCAAAGAUGAGAACAAAACGUCAGAUUUGGUGGACACACUUCGCCACAUCCAGAAAGAGUAUGUGCCAAAAGGACCCAAUGGUGUGUCAAAUGUAUUGGUAGGAGGUGACCGGCUGAUUGAGGGGAACUGCAGAAACUUGCAGUGGGCCUUCUCAGAUGGUGCUACAAAAGAAGACAGACUGGAAGGUCUCGUCUUUAAGUUUGAGGACUGGCAUGCCAUCAGAAACCUCUUUGAAAUCUAUCAUCGGAUAUUCUAUGACUGCACAUCCUCAAAAGAUCAUGGAACACUUCAUUCCAACAUGACAAAAUUGAGGUGCAGUAAUGCCAAACAAGGUCCCCAUGCCGCUUACAAUGCCUAUAAGGAAUUUGUGCGGAAGGACACGGCUGCACUCUUCCUGGCAGCUGCAAUGGAGCACUGGGGGCUGGAGGAUGUAACAGACAUUCCAGAUAGCUUUGUGCCAGUGGAUGUUGCCUAUGGAUCGCCACAACUGAAGAGGAAUUGGCUGCAUGAGAAGGUUGGAGAGGUUGUGGACACUUUUGUCAUGAUGACAAACGUCACAGAAGCAGCAAGCUUGGGACCAAACCUGUCUGAAACAUCAGCAGCCAGGAUCAGUAAGUCCAUUGGCAUCCUCAAGGAGCUGUUGGAAAACAGACACAGAGCUGGAGGUGACAAGGCCAACCGGCAUUCACCAUGUAACCAAUGA